AUGCGUGACAUACCACCACCAGCACCUCCACCAGUGCCGCCAGUAGUGCCACCUCCGCCUGCAAUGCCAUCAACCGUGUUUCUGCCGAGAAUGCUACAGCCACCACGGCUUAGCUCAGGAGGGAUUGGCGUUGUUGAAACACCACUAACAGUCGAUGAGGAAGCGACCCGUCUUUUUGUCAGGAAUGCUCCGGGAAACAUGGAAGAACUACGACCAUCACGCGACAAACUGCCAAUGAGGGGAGAGACUAACUCCAUUGAGCAGUUUGAGUAA